AUGAUUAUUAGCCAGCCAGAAAGGUAUGAUAAGUUGGUUGUAUUUGACAUAUCCACGACACCAAAACCUACUAUACAAUCUCUUACACCUAUAAUAGAUCUAAUGUCUUCUGUGGAUUUGAAAGCUUUGGGACACAAAAAUAAUGGGAAUAUAGGAAUGGUCCGAAAUUCAUUAAUGAAAGAAUGGGAUAAAACAGUCCCGAAUCCUACAAUGCGCGCGUUUCUUCUAACAAAUCUUGGAGAAAAAGAUGGAGAGAUAUUUUGGAAGGUGAAUCUUAAGGCAAUUAAAAGCUGUUGGAAUCAGAUAACAGACUUUCCUGCGGAAUUGAGUGGUCGUGUUUUCAACCAACCUGUGAUGUUUGUUGCAGCAAGCGAUGGAAAGUAUUUAGGACGAUCAGAUUUACCAUCUGUACGCAAAUAUUUCCCUCAAGCAAAAAUUGUUCAGAUUGCUAACACCGGUCAUUGGGUUCACUUUGACGCUCCAAAUACAGUGACCAAUUUGAUUACAUCUUUCGUGUUAGAUAAAUCAUUUGAUCCUACCUCAUUUGCAGAUGUUAAAGAGAUUAAAUAA